AGUUGGCCGUCCAGGGCGAGCUUGGCUCCUGAAGACACCCCAGCCGUGCAAGGGGCAGGACCCACUCAAGGACACGCACACGGCUACAGCGGAGGUUUCCCGGGCGCCUCGCCCAGCGGGGCGGAGACUUGGCUGCGGCCAGAGCAGAACCGGCGGCCAGCUGCAUGCCAUGUGUCCGGCGGGAGGACCAGCUGCACCGCGGCCACUCCUGGCAAGGGCACUCAACUACAACCCCCAGUAUGCCGUGCUGCGCGCACGCGCCUCCGCGCUCGCCUGGCUGGGCUGCGCAGGCGUGCGACUACAACUCCCGAUGCCCCCCGCGGCUCUCGGAAGGAACUACAUUUCCCAGAAGGCUAGAGCAGCGUUCCGUAAUGGCGGUGUGAGCGGCUGGACAUGGCUCUCUGGGUGGGCGCUCUCCUCGGCCGCGGCGCCGGGUCGGCCGCCCUGCUGGCUGGCAGGUGCCUCCUGCAGCCUGGGCCGAGCGGCGGCCUCCUGGGCGCGCUGUCCACCCCGCGGCAAGGCCCGCGGCAACGAGUACCAGCCCAGCAACCUGAAACGCAAGCACAAGCACGGCUGGGUCCGGCGCCUGAGCACACCGGCCGGGGUGCAGGUGCUGCUGCGCCGCAUGCUCAAGGGCCGCAAGUCGCUGAGCCACUGAGGGCCAGACUGCGCGGGGACCCCCGAGCCCGCCCUGCAGCCCACAGGGACCC